UAUCGCUUCGUUGAUCAUCGGCAAUGUUCGUGAGCGUUCGUCAAGUCUCAAUGUUACUGCCACCUGUCGACAUCGAACGGAAUUAUAACUCGUCUUUGACAAGGCGCGCGUAUUCUUGAUUCGGCCAGCGUGGGAGUAAGGCUGUCCACCGAGAGACGCCUGAGAAGGUGGUCGAUCGCCUUCUUACAUUGACUCCAAGUUUGUCGUGUAUUCUUAUCGAAUAGUGUAUUUUUGUCGAACAAAUCGCGAGUGAAUUUGGUACAUUAAAUCAGUGAAAUCGCAGAAUUCAAGAUAUCCUCUUUUUCUCGGUGUGUAACCGGCAUUGUUGCAAAACAAAUUGAGUGAAAACGGAGUGGCAAUGCGCGCAUGCGUUCGAAACAUUUGAAUUAAUGGCUCGUGCUUUUCAUGAUUCUCCUGUAAUUGAAAUUUUGAGGAAUUCGCGAAAUUGAAAGAUCUAUAAUAUAAUGUAGACUUUGACUCGUCUCAAAUGGACUGAUACAGAGGCUUGACGAGUAGAUUUUAGUGAAAUUUUAAAUCUUUAACAUCGCAAUAAUCGAACUUGCUACGACUUGGUGACACUUCGUUCUCGAUGUGAAACUAUAUACAACCGCCCUGUUAAUCGUUAAACGUUCAGGGGCUUCCAAAAAAAUUUUAAGUGAUAUAUAGUGCGGUAUUAUUAAGUGUGCGGUGUUGGUGUAGUGGAUAUGCGUCGAUCUUUAUUGUGAAGGUGCCUGAGGAAUUCUCCCUGGAUUGAAAGGCCCUGGAUAAAAGAUGGGACCAGCCAAGAUCCUUGGGGUUUGCGUACUCCUCAUGCUGAUAUACAUCGUCGAGGCAGACGUCAUCGAGGAAAGAGUUUGCAUUGGAACCAAUGGCCGCCUCUCUGUUCCGUCCAACAAACAACACCACUACCGGAAUCUUCGAGACCGGUACACCAACUGUACUUACGUUGACGGCAAUCUGGAGAUCACAUGGCUCCAGAACGAGACAUUCGACCUCAGUUUCCUCCAGUAUAUACGGGAGGUCACAGGUUACGUGCUCAUCAGCCACGUGGACGUCAAGAAGAUCGUUUUGCCGCGAUUGCAGAUCAUACGAGGAAGAACGCUCUUCAAGCUCACCAUUCAUGACAUCGAGUUCGCCCUAUUCGUCACCAUGUGUCAGAUGCAGAACCUGGAGAUGCCAGCCCUUAGAGAUAUUCUCAACGGCAGCGUGGGCAUGUACAACAACUACAACCUGUGCCACAUCCGCACGAUCAACUGGGAGGAAAUAAUCACAGGGCCGAGUGCAAUGUACUCCUACGUGUACAAUUUUACGUCGCCGGAACGCGCGUGUACACCCUGCGAUAAGAGCUGCGAGCAAGGCUGCUGGGGCGAGGGGCCUGAGAACUGUCAGAAGUACUCGAAGACAAACUGUUCGCCUCAGUGCUGGCAGGGCAGGUGCUUCGGGCCCAAUCCGCGGGAGUGUUGCCAUCUUUUUUGCGCCGGUGGCUGCACAGGCCCGAAACAGAGCGACUGUAUCGCCUGCAAAAACUUCUUCGAUGACGGUGUGUGCACGCAGGAAUGCCCGCCCAUGCAAAAGUACAAUCCUACGACGUAUUCGUGGGAGCCUAAUCCUGACGGCAAGUACGCGUAUGGCGCAACCUGCGUGAGAAGAUGCCCGGAACACCUUCUGAAAGACAACGGGGCUUGCGUAAGAUCUUGCCCGCCCAAAAAGAAGGCGUUGAACGGUGAAUGCGUGCCCUGCGACGGACCUUGCCCGAAAACCUGCAAAGGUGUCGAGAAAGUGCAUUCCGGGAACAUCGACAGCUUCAAGGACUGCACCAUCAUCGAGGGAUCCAUCACAAUUCUAGACCAAAGCUUUCAAGGAUUCCAACACGUGUACAGGAAUUUCAGUUUCGGCAAACGAUACGAGAAAAUGCACCCGGACAAGUUGGAGGUGUUCAGUACGUUGAAGGAGAUCACCGGGUUUUUAAAUAUUCAAGGCGAUCACAAGGAUUUCAAGAAUUUAUCGUAUUUUCGGAAUUUGGAGGUGAUAGGCGGAAGAACUUUGACCGAGUACUUUGCAUCGUUGUACGUUGUGAAAACGUCGUUGGUCUCGUUCGGGCUUAGCUCUCUCAAGAAAAUUUAUUCCGGCUCGAUAGCCAUUCUGGAGAACAAGAAUCUAUGCUACGCGCAAAGUAUCAAUUGGACCAGGAUCAAGAAAUCGUCGGAGCAUGAGAGUUUGUUGUCCAAUAAUCGGAACGAAAGCGAAUGUAUAAAAGAUGGAUUAGUGUGCGACGAGCAAUGUUCCGACGAAGGUUGUUGGGGGCCCGGCCCGGCACAAUGUUUAUCCUGCAAGAACUUUAUUUUAGGAAACGAUUGCCUUCAAGACUGCACCGCGCCAGGAAUCUACCAGGCGGACGAGAAGACUUGCAAAGUGUGCCACGAGGAGUGCGAUGGUUCUUGCAUAGGGCCGAACACGGAUCACUGUAAGAAAUGCAAACACGCGCGAGACGGUCCAUUUUGCGUGCCAGAGUGCCCGGCCUCGAAAUAUAAUGACAACGGUGUGUGCAAAAGCUGUCACGGGAACUGCGUGGGUGGUUGCGAGGGACCUGAAAACAACAUAGGCCCUAAUGGAUGCCACAGUUGCGAUAAGGCGAUCCUCAACGACCAUGUACCUGAAGGAUGUCUGCAAAAAAAGGAGCCCUGUCCUGACGGAUAUUAUUACGAAUGGGUGAGUCCUCUAGAGCAAGGGCCACUGAAACCAUUAGCAGGCAAGGCUGUUUGUCGCAAAUGUCAUUCUCGUUGCAAGAAAUGCACGGGAUACGGUUUCCACGAACAUGUGUGCCAAGAAUGUACAAAAUACAAGAGGGGUGAACAGUGUGAAGAUGAAUGUCCCGCGGAUUAUUUUGCAGACGCCAAUAAACUUUGUAUACCGUGCUUCAGCGAGUGCCGAGGAUGUUUUGGACGGCCUAAUCAAUGUUAUAAAUGUCGGAAUUAUAAGAUCUAUAUUGAUGAAGAUAUAGAUGGGAACACUACAUCUUUCAACUGCACCGAAACGUGUACUCCCGAAUACCCUCACAAAAUCUUCAAUCCAGACAGCGAACCGUAUUGUUCGCUUGAGACCGCUGGUCUAAUAGAAAACGAGCUUCAACCGGCUAUCUUAGCAGGUGUCGCAGUAUUUGCUUUAGCGUUCCUAGUGGUGGCGGCCAUCAUCAUGUAUUUCUGGCGUGUACGAGCAAAAGCCAAAGAAAACACCGUGAAAAUGACAAUGGCAUUAACUGGUUUGGACGACAACGAGCCCCUUCGUCCAACUGGCGUGAAGCCAAAUUUAGCCAAAUUACGUAUAAUAAAGGAAGAAGAAAUGAGAAAGGGUGGGAUUUUAGGAUACGGUGCUUUUGGAAAUGUUUACAAAGGUGUUUGGGUACCCGAAGGGGAGAACGUGAAGAUUCCAGUGGCUAUAAAAGUUUUGCACGAUGGUACAGGAGCGAACACUUCGAAAGAAUUCUUAGACGAGGCGUACAUCAUGGCCAGCGUGGAACAUCCGAACUUGCUUCAAUUACUGGCCGUUUGCAUGACGUCACAAAUGAUGUUGGUGACCCAAUUGAUGCCUUUAGGCUGCCUCCUCGACUUCGUGCGCAGAUUUAAAGAUAAAAUUGGCUCGAAAGCGUUGCUAAAUUGGUGUACACAGAUUGCCAGAGGGAUGGCCUAUUUGGAGGAGAGAAGAUUGGUUCACAGAGAUCUUGCAGCUCGAAACGUUCUCGUGCAAACGCCUAAUUGCGUUAAGAUCACCGAUUUCGGAUUGGCCAAGUUGUUGGACAUCAACGAGGAACAAUACAAGGCUGCUGGUGGCAAGAUGCCGAUCAAAUGGCUGGCAUUGGAGUGCAUUCAACACCGAGUGUUCACCCACAAAUCGGAUGUUUGGGCUUUCGGUGUGACUAUCUGGGAAGUUCUUACUUAUGGCGGUAGACCGUACGAAAACGUGCCUGCUCGAAACGUGCCAGAAUUAUUGGAGAAAGGCGAAAGAUUACCUCAACCGGCGAUUUGUACAAUUGACGUGUAUAUGAUUAUGAUCAAAUGUUGGAUGUUGGACGCCGAAUCGAGGCCUAGUUUUAAAGAAUUGGCGGAAGACUUUGCGAAGAUGUCUAGAGAUCCUGGCCGAUAUCUUGCUAUCAAGGGCGAUAAAUACAUGAGACUACCUUCGUAUACACUGCAGGACGAAAAGGAGAUGAUACGAAAUCUUGCAUCAGCUAUGGACGGUCCCGAGGCUUUAGUAGAUGCUGACGAGUAUCUGCAGCCAAAAUCCAGGGCUCCGAUUCCACCAGGACUUUCUGCAUCCAGUACUUCCGGCUCUCCGCCAAACACGCCUGUGAAGCCUUGCUGGCCAAAUGGAAAACCACUAGCCGCUGACUCUCCCACGCCCCAGAAUCAACAAAAUUGGGACAGGGAAUUGUUGAGGUAUGGCGCGAAUCACAGGAAUGGAAAUGUAUCGCACGAACCAGGAAAUUCCGCACAACACGGGCAUUACACGCCUCCGAACGGCCAUUGUGGACACGUUGUGGGAUCGGAUAGCACAGCUUCGAGAUAUUGUUCGGAUCCGUUGAAAAUGAUCGAUGUCAGAGAUUGCGAUGUGACAGAUGAUUGUUUCGACGGUGAAGUGAACUCUGCUCAUCAGCAAGCUCAAGUAGGUAAUCUAAAGCUCGAUUUGCCAUUGGACGAAGACGAUUAUUUGAUGCCAUCGCCGCAAUUGCCAACGAAUACGACGCAAUACAUGGAUCUCAUAGGGGACUCGAAACCUACGGAAAUGGAACCAAAGCGAGUAAAUAACGGUUACCGAAAGUAUCCUGAAUUCCUCACCAUUCAAGGAAAAACAUCGUUGGAUAAUCCAGAAUACAUAAUGUCUCAGGACGAAGGACCACUGACUCCGCAAACGAUAGGUAUUCCGACACCUGAUCUGGAAAAGGUUUUAACCAAUGGAACUUUUGGGUCUCAAGUGAGACAAAGGAGUUCCGAAGAAGAAUCCGAUCAUGAGUAUUACAACGAUUUCGAUCGUUUGGAACGUGAAUUGCAACCGCUGAAACCCCUUAGGAAGAACGAAACGACCGUUUGAUUCCAAGUGAAACGACGUUAAAUAUGAACUAUAACGUUAUGAUGCCAGGCUUCGAAAUUCGAAAGCCAGGAUAUCGUUCAAUCGUCUGUUGAUCGAGUGUUUCGAUUUCGAGCGCAACAGGUGAAAUACAUGAACGUAAAAAAUGGCGUAAAUACGAAUGUAUCCGGCUCCUCGUUCUUGAGGAAACUUCUUCACAGUGUACUUACAAAGGACACUUUGCUCAAAAGUGCCGUGUUUGAUUGUGAUUAGAUGUAAAACGUAUGAAACUGUGCUAAUUUCACUUCUCAACGAGCUGACUAGCGAAUAAAAAAUGCGCGUCAUGAACUAUUAAAAAGCGUACGUGCGAUGAACAAGUAGUGCAAAGAUAAUCUUAAUGUGCCAUUUACCGUGGCUUGUAAAUAAAGAAAAGAAAAAGUACUAUCUACCACUUGUAUAAGACUAUUAAAAGUUUAGGGAAACGAUGUGCAAGUAAAUGGCAUAAAUAAUUGUUUCUUUCCUAUCUCUGUCUUCGAUCUUCAAUUAACUUCGAUGGGCCACGUUCGCGCGAUUUCGCUUUGUUUAAUCUUUUUAUAUCUGUUUUUCUCCUUCUUUCUUUUUUUUCUAAUAAUAUUAACGUGUUGAAAUAGAAGAAAAUUGUUUUAAACGCGCGGACAUUUGUCGAAAGAAUAAAAUUAUUACAUACAAGUAUCCUGUAUUCUUCUCUUUCGUUCUUUGAAUUGUAUAUUUCACGCGAUUGAUCAUGCAUGAGCUGUCAAAAAUUGCACACGGGGCUCUUUUAGGCAGAAAUUAAAUUAAAGAUCUGACGAAAAUUAAAGCCUCUUCGUGGUGCGGAAUAUCAGUGCGGUUCGCUCCUUGACUGUGAUAAGAAACGUUUUACUAUUACUCAAAGAACUAUUUUACUCGGAGGACAAAAGAAACAUUUCGAUCGUUUAUCCUCUCUUGCUUUCUCUUUUCUUCUCUUUCUCUCUCUCUCUAUAUAUAAAUAUAUAUAUUGCAGUAAGCUACGACAGUACGAGUAACGAAUUGUCCUAAUUUACUGCCUAGUAAAUAGUAACGAGUUUCUUGAGUCGCAACACGAAGAUCAAUCGGAAUCCAGGGAUUCAUAAAAGUAUUCAAAAGAACAAUGAAAGAAAUGGACGCUUGUUUCCCGAGAUUCUUGUCUUGCGGCUCUACUUAAUAAAAUGUUUUAACGAUGCUCUAUAUUUUUUUAUGCCAUCGCCUUUUAUACGUGGGACCAAUGAAAUUGGCCUCGGUCGAGCGCACGAAAUUAUCUCGAUUUUUAUUCGUAGAAACGCGUCUGUACAUAGAUUAGUGAUUAGCGCGUAAGAUAUUCUACAUUACGUAGAAAACGGAAAAAAGUACUUGAGUAAAAUAAGUAAUCUAUAUGUUUUCUUUUUCAUAUCGAAAAUAAGACGUACGAAAGAGAAAAUCAUAAACGAAAUAAACUAAGCGCAGCGCCGAUAUGCGAAUUAUAUAUGGGGUUAUGCUGUGCCGCGUAAUCAUAGGAUUAGGACGUGCCAUGUUGUGUACAGGGAACGCGCGGAAGAAAAAAAGAAAAAAAUAAUAAAAAAUGGCGCACACAUUUCGUUAUUAGGGAAAUCGUAUUAUAUGAUCGUGUUCAAAUUUGAAAUUUAAGAAAGAAAAAAAAAACUACAAAAAAGGGAUACAUCGAGUCAUUGUAUUCGAUUAGUUAAAAUAACAUGUUCAAGCGUGCACGAGAUUUGCGAUCUCAUUCAUGAUAGUGUAGCAAAGAUCAAAUUUUUAACAAUGCUCGAGAUUCUGUGAUAGAACUGGGACCAAUUUUAAAAAAAAAAUUAUUUAAUUAUAUAUUGUACGAUAUAUUUUUGAUAAUAAUAAAAUUGCACAAAUUUCUAAUCUCGUUGCACGCGAAAUGCAUGCUCUUACGUAAAGGAUGGUAAAACAAAAAAGAAUGUACAUUGUGUUAAGCGUUAUUAAUGAUUACGUUGACUUUUUUUCCUGUAAUAUAUUAUAUUUGUAUCAAUAAUUGUGUUGCCGAACGGAUCAACGUGUAUCGCGAGAAAAAGAAAAAAAAAAGAAUGAGAAAACGUGUCUUUCUCCCAUAUGCCUCUCCCGACAUUAUUCCUGUCCCUACGAUUCCGU